ACUCGCAAGGAGACAUACUCGUCAUACAUCUACAAGGUCCUUAAGCAGGUCCACCCAGACACCGGUAUCUCCAAUAAGGCGAUGGCUAUCCUCAACAGCUUCGUCAACGACAUCUUCGAACGGAUUGCAACAGAAGCAUCCAAACUUGCCGCGUACUCCAAAAAAUCCACUAUCUCCUCGCGAGAAAUCCAGACAGCAGUCCGGUUGAUUCUCCCUGGCGAGUUGUCGAAGCACGCCAUCUCUGAAGGCACGAAGUCCGUGACGAAG